AUGCCCAAGACACUUGACAAGUGGUACGAAUAUGCCUCGCGGUUUGAUAACCAAUGGAGAUCUGCUCAGAUCUUCAAGCGAGGAGCCACUACGACGACACGAGGAAAGGGCCGAUCUGUCCAUCGUCCCUACUACUCGACUUCUGCAAAGGAUCCAAAUGCGAUGGAUAUUGAUCAUAUCAACAUCUCGCACUUGUCCCCGGACGAGCGACUGAAGAGAAUGAAAGAAGGAUUAUGUUUCCUAUGCGAACAGAAGGGCCAUAUAGCCAACGACAGACAAUUUCACUCCCAAUUUGGAGGUUUCACCCGUGCUAGAAUGAUACAGCCCGGGUUGGACACAGACACGAUCACGUGGAUCAAGAAGAUGCGAGAAGAUCUCGCACAGAAGAAGGAGAUACUGAAGGAAGGAACCAGAGAGGAACAGAUCGCCUAUGUGCGAAAUGUCUUCAACGACAUGACUGAUGAAGAACGAACCCAGUUGAGUUUUUGA